CUUCCCUUUCCUUCUCAAAGUAGCAAAAUCUCCUUUAAUACCCCUUUUCUCCCUCAAAACUUAACUUAGCUCAUUUCUUAAGUUUGAGUAUGACUCAAACUCAUCUUAGAUUCUUUCAUAUCUUUUCAACGAACAAUAAUUAUUCACUCCUUUCAUGUCUCUAUACUUCCAAUAAUUUCUACUUCUGAUAACCAGAAAAUGUCCUAUUUUUUCUUUCAGAAGAUUCAAGAAACUGAAGUUGGGCUGUGAAAAAUUCAAACUUUUAUCAAUGCAAGCAUCAGAAAACAAUAGAUCGGUGAUACCCAGUUCAAUUUACUGUAAAUCCUUACAAGAAAUUGAUGUUUCAUGUGAAACACAAUUUCAGUUUCAAUUUCAGUUUUCACCUAAUUUGGAACCUUAUUCCACCUUGGAAUCAUCAUCUGCAAGUGGGAGUUGUACCACAAUGUACAACUCACCUACUUCAUGUGAUGUGAAUGAUUUUAGGUUUAAGUUAAGAGAAUUAGAGAAUGUGAUGUUAGGUGAUACUGAUUUUGGUGAUGUAGUAGACUUGCCUGAUAUAGAAAUAUGGAAAGAAAUGAUGGUAGGGUUUCCUAAAAGGGAUUUAAAACAAGUACUUGUUGCAUGUGCCAAGUCUAUUUCUAAUGAUGAUUUGUUAAACGCCCAGCUGUUAAUAUCGGAACUCCGGCAAAUGGUGUCCGUUGCCGGAGAGCCGAUGCAGCGACUGGGCGCUUAUAUGUUGGAAGGACUUGUAGCUCGGCUAUCUUGUUCUGGUAGCACGAUCUACAAGUCUGACCUUCCGUUAAAUAGGCAUAUUUUGUACGAGAUUUGCCCGUAUUUUAAGUUUGGGUAUAUGUCUGCAAAUGGUGCGAUAGCUGAAGCAAUGAAGUACGAUAAACGGGUACAUAUUGUUGAUUAUUAUAUCGGGCAUGGAAGUCAGUGGGUCCCGUUGAUCCAAGCGUUUGCGAAGAGACAUGGUGGUCCCCCGCAUAUCAGGAUAACGGGCUUCCAUGACUCCUCAAAUGGGUUAAGGACCGUGGGUAGAAGACUAUGUAAGGUUGCAAAGGCUUACAAUGUGCCUUUUGAGUUUCACACUGAAGUCGGGCUAGAAAGCGUCCAAGUUCAACCCGGUGAGUCUUUAGCGGUGAAUUUUGCGUUUGUGUUGCAUAGAAUGCCGGAUGAGAGUGUUAGCAUUAGAAACCAUAGAGAUCGAGUUUUGAGGCUAGUAAAGAGUAUGAACCCGAAAGUUGUAACCUUAGUCGAGCAAGAGUCCAACACAAAUACAGCCCCUUUUUACCCUCGGUUUCUUGAGGCUCUUGAUUACUACAACGCAAUGUUCGAGUCAAUAGACAUAACACUUCCACGAGAACACAAGGAAAGAAUAAACGUGGAGCAACAUUGUCUAGCACGAGACGUUGUAAACAUAAUAGCAUGUGAGGGAGACGAGAGAGUUGAACGACACGAGCUUUUGGGCAAGUGGAAGUUACGGUUCAGUAUGGCUGGGUUUAACCCAUGCCUGAUGAGCCCAAUUGUGAACGGAACAAUCAAACGACUACUAAAGAACUACAGUGAUAGAUAUAGGCUUGAAGAGAGAAAUGGAGCUUUGUAUCUUGGCUGGAUGAAUAGAGACUUGGUUGCUUCUUGUGCUUGGAAGUGAUCAAAUAUCCUCAUCUUUAUUAAAGUUUUUUGUUAAGUUAAACUGAAGAGCUUAAUGUAAUCUAAAACAAGAUCCUUAAUGAAUCAAUGAUUAUAUGUUGAUCUGCA